AUGUGCAUUUUAAAUUAUGAGAUUCAAGUUCCUGAGGGUCUUCGUGACACCAAGGUGAAGGAUUUGUUGGAUGACAAGGGUGAUUGGAAUUGGCUCCAAGUUGUUAUCCCUCCUAAUGUGACCGGCGAUGAGGAUAAGUUUAUUAUUGAAGGAACUGGCAUAAGGGUUUACUUAGUAAAGGAAAUAAAUAAGGAGGUUAUGUUAAUUGCUUGGUCACCCCCAAAGAGAGAUUGGAUCAAGUUAAAUGUUGAUGGAGCAAGCAAAGAUAACAAAAUGGCUAGUUGUGUGGGAGUGAUUAGAGAUGACAAGAGUAGAUGGAUGGGCGAUUUUGCAAGGGGUAGAGCUAAUAUGCGGGAAAACUUGUCUACCAUUAGGAAAAUUCAGAGAUUGUUGGGGAAGUUUGAGGACACUUAUGUGUGUCACUCCUUUAAGGAGGCAAAUAGAUGUGCGGAUGCCCUAGCCAAUAUUGGCAGUAAUCUUAGGCCAGAUUUUGUUUUCUUUGAUUCGGCCCUUAAUAGUUUGUUGAAUCUUUUAGACGAGGAUGCUAGAGGUAUCACGACCGCUAGAUUGGUUUGUGUGUAG